CUGAAGUCACGCUGCUGGAUCGCGUUGUGCUGUACAUGAGACUGGAGGCGAUUGUCAAGGUUUAUAAACAACCCCAUCACGAGAGCUAGAGGAGAAAGAAAAAGCUGCUCUUUAAUGUAAUGCUUAGAUGGAUAUAAAAGAGGAGCCAUUUGAGGCUGACAUAAAUAUCAUGGAGAAAAAUACCUUAAAUGUUAAGGAGGAGGACUGUGAAUGGGAGUGUGUCCACCCUAAACAGGAGAGUCUGAGCAUUAAAGAUGAGGACUGUGAACUGGGGUCAAUGGGCUUUAAAGAAGAGGCUGAAGGUAAGUGUGUCAACAGUGCAACUGCCGUCAAGGAAGAAGACCUUCAUUAUGGACAUGGUGGUGAUUCAGUGAACACUUUAACCUCUUGUCAAAGCAGACACACUUCUUCCUUGGAGCCUUCUAUCAAUAUGAAGUCUGAAUCAUUACAGUCUGACACAGAGGAGAAUGAAGAAAAUUCAUUUCUUAGAACUCAGCCGCUGCUUACAAAGAAGUCUAGAAAAACUGGUUCAGUGAGCAGAGGGUCACACGUGACUACUCCGGAGCAUUCUAAGGGAGGACGGUUGACCAAAAGACGUAAACGAGAAGGAGACAAACCUCACUGCUGUCCUGAAUGUGGCAAACAAUUAUCGAGCAAGAGCGUCCUUUCAAGACACAAAAGAAUUCACAUGGGAGAGAAGUCUUAUUGCUGUCCUAAAUGUGGAGACAAAUCUCACUGCUGUCCUGAAUGUGGCAAACAGUUAUCAAACAAGAGUUCCCUUUCAAGGCACAAAAAAAUUCACACAGGAGAAAAGCCAUAUUGCUGUUCUGAAUGUGGCAAGUGGUUUUCAGAAAAGAGCAGUCUUCAGGGCCACCAAAUAAUUCAUACGGGCGAGAGGCCUCAUUGCUGUCCUGACUGUGGCAAAUCAUUUUCACAAAAGAAGAAUCUUCAGAGCCACCAACGAAUUCACACAGGAGAGAAGCCUUAUUGCUGUCCUGAAUGUGGCAAGUGGUUUUCAGAAAAGAAGAAUCUUCAGAGCCACCAACGAAUUCACACAGGAGAGAAGCCAUAUUGCUGUUUGGAAUGUGGCAAGAGUUUUUUAUUAAAGAGCUAUCUAAAGAGCCACCAAGGAAUUCACACAGGAAAAAAGCCUUAUUGCUGUUCUGAAUGUGGUAAACAGUUUUCGCAAAAGAGGAAUCUGCAGAGCCACCAAAGAAUUCACACAGGAGAGAGACAGCAGCUGGCAAAUAUGGAUAUUAAAGAGGAGGUGUGCAAGGCUGACAUAAAUAUCAUGGAGAAAAGGACCCCACAUGUUAAGUUGGAGGAAUAUGAAUGGGAGUGUGUCCACCCUAAACAGGAGAGUCUGGGCAUUAAGGAUGAGGACUGUGAACUGGGGUCAGUGGACAUUAAAGAAGAGGCUGAAGAGAACUCUGUCAGCAGUGCAACUGACAUACAUACAAAUGUGGAGAGUGUCAAGGAAGAUCGCCUUCUUUAUGGACAUCAAGAUGAUGCAGUGACCGUGUUAGCCUCUUGUGAAAGCACACACUCUUCAUCUCUGGCAUCUUCUGACAAUGUAAAGUCUGAAUCAUUACAGUCCGACACAGAGGAGGAUGAAGAAAAUUCAUCUCUUAGAACUCCGAAAGAUCAGCCACUGCUUACAAAGAAGUCUAGAAAAACUGGCUCAGUGAGCAGGGGGUCACACAUAACUACUCCGGAGGAUUCAAAGGGUGGACGGCUGACUGAAAGAAGUAAAAGAGAAGGGGACAAACUUCACUGCUGCUCCGAAUGUGGCAAACAACUAUCCAGCAAGACUUCCCUUUUAAGGCACAAAAAAAUUCACACAAGAGAGAAGCCUUUUUGCUGUCCUGAAUGUGGCAAAUGGUUUUCUGAAAAGAGCAGUCUUCAGGGCCACCAAAUAAUUCACACAGGAGAGAAGCCUUAUUGCUGUCCAGAAUGCGGCAAAUGGUUUUCGCAAAACAAGAAUCUUCAGAGCCACCGAAGAAUUCACACAGGUGUAAAGCCUCAUUGCUGUCCUGAGUGUGGCAAGCAUUUUACAGGAAAGAGGAAUCUUCAGAGCCACCAAACAAUUCACACAGGAGUCAAGCCGUAUUGCUGUUGUGAAUGUGGCAAACAUUUCACAGUGAAGCGCUAUCUUCAUAGCCACCAAAGCAUUCACACAGGGGAAAAACCUCAUAGCUGUUCUGAAUGUGGUAAGAGGUUUUCAAAAAAGAGCGAUCUUCUGAGACACCAAAGAACUCACACAGGAGAGAACCCAUAUUGUUGUUAUGUAUGUGGCAAGAAGUUUUCACAAAAGAGUAAUUUUAAGAAGCACCAAAGAAUUCACGCAGGAGAGAGACAGCAGCUUGUGAAUUAGAUUUUUCGGGCAUCGAUUCAACGAACUUGAAUGGCCGAUAUGUGCCUCUUCUGCCAAACAGAGCUAGAAGCAGUCACACAUCUCAUAGCUGGGUGGGAGGUACUGAUGGCUGAAUAAUUAUGAACUGAAAGACGGAACAAAGUGGCCGGGCCAAUUCACUGGAAACUCCUUAGGAAAUGCUACCUACCAGCAAGAGAAAGACCAUGGGGCCACAAUCCAGACCGCAUAAUGAAAAAGGAGUUGUUAGUCACUUGGGACACACCAUAGAAAAACAGAUGCCAGAAAACCAGAGAUUAGAUUGGAUAAACUUCAUUAAUCUGAAGGGGAAAUUCAGAUUCUUACAGCGGCAGAAACAUAAAAAAACAAGGAUACAGACUCACAGGACAAAUAAUGCAGCCAACCAAUCAUUCAGUUCAUAAAUAAAUGAAAGUAAAUAAAUGUUUAUUGUUCAGGUAUUUCAAAAAAAACUUAAGUAUAUCAGGAGGAAGUUCUCAAUUGCCUUAUAGCAGUGGGCAUAAUAAAGAGAGACACUUCUUAGCACUCUGUGGUGGAAUGAGCUUAUGGCUGAAUAUGCUUCUGGAGGAGGGGAUUUUUCCUGAUGGCAUCCAAUUUUUCCAUCAUCCUCUUUUUCCAUAACAGCUUCCAGUGUGUCCAGGGUUUGUCCUGUGAUGGAGCAGGCUUUCCUGGUAAGUUUAUUCAGUUAUUGUGAUCCUUUUGAGCUUAUGUUGCUUUGCAAGGAAGCUGCAGCGUAGAACAAUAGUUGCCAAGGAGAAACAAAAGUACUAGUUCCUAGUGACUACUCAGUUCUGAGAAUGGAGAGGCAAUAAAAAAGUAUGAAGGAAUGCAUUCAGAAAUAAUCCAAAUGUGGGACAAAACAGGACUAAUAAACAGAAACUUUCAGACCAACCUUGACAUCUUACCAAACACCAUAACUCCAUAUACAUUUCAGAAAUACAGGUGUGGUGCUGAGCCCUCACUGAAGUGCACAUAGACAUCCCUGAAUAAAGUGUGGGGUUCAUUUCUCUUUUGAAAGUAAGCACACCAAGAACAUUUGGAGAAUUUAACCCAGAGAGAAGCCUUAUUGCUUCUUAGAAUAAAGAUUAAUCUUCAGAGCCAUGAAAGAACUCACAAUUGCUACACCACAAAGGAACAGACAGGACAACACAAGCGUACAAGACGCAGUCCAGUGAUCAACUGAAGAUAAAGAGAAGACCAUGUACUGCAACAUUUACACAACUGGUCCUGAGUUCUCAACUCUUUCCUGGGAGGUCUUGUGCAAAUUGCAGUACCGAAAUGUAAUUUCCAUUUCCAAGAUAGAUAAGAAGGUUUUUGAAAAUUUAGGAUAUUUAAGUGGAAUACCCAAGGAAAGAAUACAAAUUAGUGAAGAGAAAUUUGAAUACUUACGAUGAACAGCAAAAGAAGAAAUAACGCAGGAAAGAAACUUAAAAGUAUAAGCAGUGAGAGUACAUAUAAAGAUGAAAUUUACAUGUUGGAAAAUCAGAAAUAAACACUCACAUAUGAACAGAGCCAACCAGAGAAAUAUUAGUCAGAAGUGGAAUGUCCUCGAAAGCAACCGAUUCUCAAAAAGUGAAAAGCUAACAAUAAAGUGAGACGUAAAGCAAGGGAUGGAGGUACAGCAAAGUGAAGGUAAGAACAAAGUUUACAUUCACCAGAAAUUGCCCAAUAGUCACGAGUAAAGAUCACCCCAAUGAUUCAAUGAGGGAAAAAAACGUUUUCACAUCGAGAAAAGGAGUAAACCAGCACAAAAGAACACCACCAAAGCAGAAAUGACACAUUAAUGAAAAGCAGAAAGUCACCCAAGAAAUUCAAGAAGAGAUCUAGAAAUUAAUGAACAAAUAUGCAGAAAUCAAUAAAACAGAAGAGAUCAACAAUAACAAUAAACCAUACUGGAUGGAAUACUACAAGUAAGGUGGAAAAGGCUGUAACUGAGAGAAAGCAAAGCCAGCCGUGUACAGACUGAUGGACUUCACAACCCUACAUGGGAUCUGCUAGUGUGCAGUAAAACUCAUCAUCUAAAGUAACAGCACAGAAGAAAAUCAAAGCAAGGAGACAUGAACAAAGUUGGGCUCAUCCUGGAUGGAAUGAAUUGUAGAACAGAAUAAAGAUUCAAAGCAUGCAUGGAAUGGGUGAGUUCACAAAGUCCUAGCAAUAAUUCAACAGGUGAAAUCAGAGAAUUUCAUAUUAAAACAAGACUUACCGUGUCAAACAAUAAACUGAAAAUGCUGCCAGCUGCUAAAAGUUAGGAUAUAAACAAACACACACACACUCAAAAAGAACAGACUACUGUAAGAGAAUCUGAAAAAGUUUGAAAGAAUGUAAUGUGGGGGUGCCCUGAAAGUAAACUCACCCACCACCUGACAUAAAAGUCACAAACAUUUUGGAGAGAAAUACAUGAAGAUGCUUAAAAAAAAAAAAAAAGUAA